UUCGGCGCCAAAGUGCGGCUGGCAUCUCGCGCUCCUCUUGCUCAUCCGUGAAUUUCCCUCGCUAACCGCCGUCAUGGCCAGCAAGCAGCGCGAUUACGACCAAGAGAAGGAGGCCAUCAAGCGUUUCUUGGCCGAGUUCCACAAUGUUGGAGACGAUGGCCGCAAGAGCUUCAAAUAUGCCACGCAGCUGGUGGAGCUGGCGCACCGAGAGCAAGUCAGCCUCACAGUCGAUAUUGAGGACGUUGCCGAAUUUGACCCUGAUAUGGCAGAGGCAAUAGUGCAGAACAGCAGACGUUAUUUGAAUUUGUUCUCGGAGGCUGUUUACGAAAUGUUGCCCGAUUAUAAACAAAGAGAGACAGUAGCUAGGGAUGCCCUGGAUGUUUACAUUGAACAUCGCCUAAUGAUGGAGCAGCGCACACGACAGCCUGGUGAUGUCCGUGACGUUCGCAACAGAUACCCACCAGAGUUGAUCAGGAGAUAUGAAGUCUACUUCAAGGCUCCAUCAGCCCAAAAACCUGUGGCCAUUCGUAACGUAAAAGCAUCCCACAUUGGAAAACUAGUGCUGGUGCGAGGUAUUGUCACAAGGUGUACGGAAGUGAAGCCUAUGAUGCAAGUAGCCACAUACACUUGCGACCAGUGUGGUGCUGAGACUUACCAACCUAUUCAGUCCUCAAGUUUUAUGCCACAGUUGCUCUGCCCUAGUGAAGACUGUAGGGUAAACAAAUCUGGUGGACGCCUGUACCUGCAGACUCGUGGUUCAAAGUUUAUCAAAUUCCAGGAAAUCAAGGUUCAAGAGCACUCUGAUCAGGUUCCAGUGGGCAACAUCCCCCGAUCCUUGACUGUGAUGUGCAGAGGCGAACAGACCAGACUUUGUCAGCCAGGUGACCAUGUUGCUAUCACUGGCGUGUUCAUGCCCCUCUUGCGUCAUGGUUUUAGGGCGAUGAUGCAGGGUCUCCUUUCAGACACCUUCCUGGAGGCUCAUAGGAUAGUCCAGAUGAACAAGACAGAGGAUGAUGAAUUGGGAGCUGAGGAACUGACUGAGUCAGAGAUCAAGCAAAUUGCAGAGGAGAAUUUCUAUGACAAGCUUGCAAUCUCUAUUGCCCCUGAGAUCUAUGGUCAUGAAGAUGUCAAAAAAGCUCUCCUCCUCCUCCUCGUAGGUGGUGUUGACUGUAAUCCCAAUGGCAUGAAGAUUCGUGGUAGCAUCAACAUCUGCCUUAUGGGUGACCCUGGUGUGGCUAAGUCUCAGUUACUUUCUUACAUUGACCGGCUGGCUCCCAGGAGCCAGUACACGACCGGCCGAGGUUCCAGUGGUGUUGGUCUAACUGCUGCUGUGAUGAAGGAUCCCCUAACAGGUGAAAUGACCUUGGAGGGAGGAGCUCUAGUGCUGGCUGAUCAGGGUAUUUGCUGCAUUGACGAGUUUGACAAGAUGGCUGAUUCUGAUAGGACUGCCAUUCACGAGGUUAUGGAACAGCAGACCAUCUCCAUUGCAAAGGCUGGUAUCAUGACAAGUCUAAAUGCUCGUGUGAGUAUUCUUGCUGCUGCUAACCCUGCUUAUGGACGCUACAAUCCCAAGAAAUCUGUGGAACAGAACAUCCAGCUUCCAGCAGCACUGUUGUCUCGUUUUGAUCUUCUGUGGCUCAUUCAAGAUAGGCCAGAUCGUGAAAAUGAUCUGAGACUGGCUCAGCAUAUCACCUAUGUUCAUCAGCACUGUGCCCAACCACCCACCCAGUUCAAGCCACUUGACAUGAAGCUAAUGAGACGUUACAUUGCUCUUUGCAAAAAGAAGCAACCCACCAUCCCUGAAAACCUGACCGACUACCUGGUGUCAGCUUAUGUAGAGAUGAGGAAGGAAGCUCGUAACAACAAAGACAUGACCUUCACCUCUGCUCGAACCCUUCUUGCUGUUCUGCGUCUGUCCACUGCUCUUGCACGCCUCCGACUUGUUGAUGCUGUGGAAAAAGAGGAUGUGAAUGAAGCUAUGCGCCUGAUUGAAAUGAGCAAGGAUUCACUGAACCAUACUGAAGAGAGAACAGGAAGAGCCCAGACUGUGACUGAUAAGAUCUUCACACUGAUUCGUGAGGUUGCUGGUGAAAAUCGUGUGGUAAAAUUAGGUGAAAUCAUUGAGCGUUGCACUAGCAAGGGAUACAAGCCUGAUCAGGUUAAUGAGUGCAUUGAAGAGUAUGAAGAGCUGAAUGUCUGGCAAGUUAACCAAGCCCGUACCAAGCUGACAUUUGUCUAAUUGUUAACAAGUGACAUGUAUUUAAGGAUCAGUUGUCAGAAUGUAAAAAAUGUUACUUUGCUGCAAAUAAUAUUUGAUAACUGAAAAGAGUAGGUUAUGUUAGGUUUACAGUUGAUUUAUUUUUAAUUUGUGAAUAUAUUUUACCAUUUUGUAUACUCUGAAAUAAAAAACUACCAUUUCUA